AUGGCGAUUAAACAGCUCUUGACGGCUGCGUGCCUUCUCGGCUUGGCCUUUGCGGUUCACGAGGAUCAUUUGGUUAGCCGAAAGCUCAACAAACGCUUUAUCGACGACACGGGCAACUACAACAUUUCGUUCUACCACAUCAACGAUGUGCACGCCCAUCUCGACCAAUACACCUCUUCCGGCACCGACUGCACCGACCCCAAGAAGGGUUGCUUUGGCGGCUACUCUCGCGUCAAGACCAUCUUGAAGGAGACGCGACCGUCGCACCCGGACUCCCUGCUGCUCAAUCUCGGCGAUGAGUUCCAAGGCACCAUGUUCUUCUCCUUUUACGGAGGAGAAAAGAUUGCCGACACUUUGAAUGAAAUUGGGUUCGAUGCCAUGACUCUGGGCAACCACGAAUUUGACCGCGGCGACGACUAUCUCGGCGAGUUUCUCGAGAACCUCACCUUCCCCAUCGUCAGCGCCAAUAUUGUGACCGAUAACAAGGUUCUCAACCGCACUAUCAAACCCUUCCACAUUUUCCCGGAGUAUGAGCUCGCCAUCAUUGGUGUCACGACCGACACCACGCCCAGCAUUUCGUCGCCCGGGAAGAACACUAUCUUCAACGACCCGAUUGUGGCGGUACAAAACACUGUCGAUUUGAUUCGCGCCACCACUAACAUCACCCGCAUCGCGGCCAUUACGCAUAUCGGGUAUGAUGUAGACCAACGUCUUGCGAAGGAGACGAGCGGGCUGUACUUCAUCAUGGGCGGGCACAGCCACACUCCGUUGGGCGAUUUCGAGGGCGCCGCUGGCCCUUACCCGACCAUCGUGGAGAACAAGGAUGGAGAUGAGGUGUUCAUCGUCACCGCCUACCGCUGGGGCGAGUACUUUGGCUACAUUGAUGUGACGUAUGACGCCCAGGGGAAGGUUUUGGCGUACCAUGGCGCGCCAAUCCACCUUACCAACGCCACAGCCCAGGACGAGGGCCUUCAAAAGGAGAUUGACGAGUGGCGAGUUCCUUUUGAGGAGUAUUCCAAGCAGGAGGUUGGGUACUCGAACGUCGUCCUUGACCAGACCACUUGCCAACAAAAGGAGUGUUUGCUGGGCGAUUUUGUGUCGGACGCUAUUCUUCAAUACCGCCUCAACUCCACCACCCCUGAGACUGCUCCUGACUUUACUCUGAUCAAUGCUGGCGGCGUCCGCGCUACCAUCGAUGAAGGCCCCAUCACGCGCGGUGAGGUCUUGACCUCGUUUCCAUUCAGCAACGCCGUGGUAGACGUCACCAUCUCUGGCGACAAAUUGUGGAAUGCUCUCGAAGGCGUCGUCGCGGGCGUCAAUGUGGACAACGGCAAGCCGGUAACUUCGUUUUUGCAGGUGUCUCGCGGUAUCAAGAUUGAGUACGGCCCUGAUUCAAAGAGCCAAUCCGGUAAAGUAUUGGUCUCUGUAACUAUUGGUGGCAAGCCGCUCGACAAGGCUGCGGAUUACAAGAUUGCAACGAUGGACUUUGUGGCUGGUGGAGGAGACAACAUUUUCGCGCCUUUUGAGGACUUGGUGAUUCUCGACACCGUCGAUGAAGUCUUGGUUGCGCAUAUCGGUGCCAACACACCCGUCGAUAUUGCGUUGGAUGGGCGCUUGUCGGAAGUAAACAAGUGCAAGGCCGGAAAGGCUAUUGCUCGGAGGGCGAGGACGAGGAAGAUGGAAAAGGUCUCAUUGUGA